AUGUUGCCAUUAGAUUUCGAAAUUAUAAUCUCAUGUUUUGAUUGGUUCAGUUCAUUUGAUGAAAAUAAAAUCCCACAUACAAUAAAAGCUAACCAACAAUCAUCAUCACAUGUAGCCUAUCUACCUGUCGUCUGUCUGUAUUUUGCCAAGAAACAAACCACCAAGCAGAAAUACAAUAAAAAUAAUGACCAACAGCGUCAUCAAUAUGCUCAACAACAGCAACAGUCGACGCCUAAACAAGAGUUUAAGCCAGUUGCUAUUUUGAAACGCGGUGAUCCGUCGGGAACAACAGUCAUCAAUAAAGAUGAAAGCCAAUCCAAGGAAAACAUAUCCACAAAUGGACAAACAACAAAACCGGCAACUUACAGAUUGGCUAGACAACAGCCAUCGCCGCAGCCAACAGUACCGAUAAUUUUAUCAUCGACAAAACCACAAUCGAAUGUGUCUCCACAAGUUGGAAGUCCUUCAACGUCUGCGCUCGCUGCUCCUGUAGUACCUGCAUCGACCCUGACCGUACUAGCUACACCAUCGUCCACAUCAACAUCCACACCAACGCCAACGCCAGUUGUUCAUCAUCCAACCGGACCAAUAAAUUUAAUAAGUUCAACGUCGACGUUUGCACCUCCGCCGUUAACUCAACUUCAACAAGAUCAACACAUUCAAUCGAUUAAUUCACGUCUAUUUUCGUCCACAGCGACAAUGAAAUCUUCAUUGAAAUUAGUCGAUGAUUCGUUAACAUGGUGUGAAAAUGGACAGUUGAAUAAUUAUUUACAGGAUUCGGAUGGUUUUGUUGUCGUGGGCGCCAUUGGCAGAGAAAAAGUCGGUAAAUCAACAUUACUAUCGUUAUUAGGCGGAAAUCAAUUCAUUGAUGAGGAUCGUCUGAUGAUCUUUCCAGCUGCAUCAUCGAAUUCAGACAAAACUACCCAUGGUAUUGAUGUUUACAUCACAAAUGAACAGACAAUUCUUCUCGAUACUCAACCAUUACUAAGUUCUCAACUACAUCAGCAACAACUUCUGCAAUCAUCGAACGACUAUCAUCGUUCGCAGCAGCAACAAUCAUCAGCAGCAGCCAUACCACACUUUUGGCAACAACAAACAGAUCCUCGAACGAUGUUUAUUGAUAAUAUCUUGGAAUUACAAACGUUGGAAAUCAUUGCUUUCAUACUAGCUGUUUGUCAUGUUGUACUCAUUGUCGAAGAUCAAUUUGCUGAUCCAUAUCUAUAUCGUUUGUUACAAUUAGCGGAAAUUCUACGGCCAGUUUUAAAACGUAAUUCCAAUGAGAUUAUUCGCACGCAUUCACCACACAUCGUUUUUAUAUUGAACAAGUGUAACAAUUAUAUUUCACCCCAAGAACGUCUGUUAAUCAAACGUUCAUUAGUACAAAUGAUGAUGGAUACGCAUUUUCGUAUCUAUUCAUCGUUGAAACAAACGAGUAAAAUCAAGAUACAAACCAAUUUGAAACAUAUCGUUUCGGAUUUUAAACAACAAGAAUUAAACGAAAAUCUACUGGUGAAAUUAUUACAACAGGCUAAAGUCAACGAAGAUUUUGAUGAAGUCGACAAAGAAAUCGAUCUAAGUAAUGAUCCUGAUGAUGACUCGGAUGAGAAACAAAUCAACUAUGAUCAUGUCAAUACGAUAUUUAUUCCACGUCGGGAUUUCCGUGAUUCCCAUUCUUCGCACUGGCAGUCACGUUUCCUCGGCUUUUCAAAUGCGGAUUCGAUUGUUCGACAACUUCGACAGCAACUACUUGCUAUUGAUCGUCCUCAUAUUGAACAAUGUCAAACGCAACGGGCUUGGUUAACACACGCAUCGCGUAUAUGGGAUAUGAUAACUAAAUCGAGUCAGCUGGCUGAUUUUAGUCGUUUACUAACAUGA